UCCGGCCCCUUCAAACAAUGUCCUCCAGUGAGCGAAGCCCAGAGUGCCUCUGAUCGCACUGGAGCCUUGGAUUUAUUUCAAGGAAAAUUCACACGGAAACUGAGCAGGGACGCCGUGAUCCUGAGCAUAUGCCCCUGGAAAAGCUAGGGAUGAGCACCUCUCUGGGCUACAAGUCCUUCUCCAAAGAGCAACAGACCAUGGAUAACCUGGAGAAGCAGCUGAUCUGCCCCAUCUGUUUGGAGAUGUUCACCAAGCCGGUGGUCAUCCUGCCCUGCCAGCAUAACCUGUGCAGGAAAUGUGCCAGUGAUAUUUUCCAGGCCUCGAACCCCUACCUGCCCACCAGGGGAGGCACGACUGUGGCUUCGGGAGGCCGGUUUCGCUGUCCUUCCUGCAGGCAUGAAGUGGUCCUUGACCGCCACGGCGUGUACGGGCUGCAGAGGAACCUGCUGGUGGAGAACAUCAUUGAUAUAUACAAGCAGGAGUCCACAAGGCCUGAAAAAAAGUGUGACCUGCCAAUGUGUGAAGAGCAUGAAGAUGAGAGAAUCAAUAUCUAUUGUUUGAACUGUGAAAUACCCACCUGCUCCUUGUGCAAAGUCUUUGGUGCCCACAAAGACUGUCAGGUUGCUCCUCUCACGAACGUUUACCAGCAACAGAAGUCUGAGCUAAGUGACGGCAUUGCAGUCUUGGUGGGCAGCAAUGACAGAGUGCAAGGAAUAGUCACGCAGCUGGAGGAGACCUGCAAGACAGUUGAGGAAUGCAGCAGACGACAGAAGGAGCAGCUGUGUGAAAAAUUUGAUUAUCUCUAUUCUGUACUGGAAGAAAGAAAAAAUGAGAUGACACAAAUAAUCACUAGAACCCAAGAGGAGAAACUGGAACAUGUCCGCUCCCUGAUGAAGAAGUAUGCGGAUCAUUUGGAAGCUGUGUCUAAGCUGGUUGAGUCAGGAAUCCAGUUCAUGGAAGAACCAGAAAUGGCCGUGUUUUUGCAGAAUGCAAAAACACUGCUCCAGAAAAUUACUGAAGCAUCUAAAGGAUUUCAGAUGGAAAAAAUAGAAGAUGGGUAUGAAAAUAUGAACCAAUUCACAGUGAACCUCAGUAGAGAAGAAAAGAUAAUAAGAGAAAUUGAUUUUGACAGAGAGGAAGAGGCAGAAGAGGAAGAGGAGGAGACAGUAGAAGGGGAAGAUCUGGAUGAAGUCCACACAGAGUCAUCAGGAGAGGAGGGGGAGGAGGAAGAGCAGCUGGAAGAGGAAGGAGCUGAGAGAGCAGCACAGCCACCUCAGCAGGACCCUGAACCGCAGAGUGCAGCGGGUGAGCCCCCAGCAGAACCUGUCCCAGUGCCGCUGCCCGCUACCCCGGCUGGCCAGGAUGAGGUUGUGACACCAAGUGGUUCUCAACAGACUGCAGAGUCUGACAGUCAAGUGCCACCUGCGGCAGAAACCAUCGAUCCCUUGUUUUACCCUAGCUGGUAUAAGGCUCAGCCACGGCCAGCAAGCAGCCCAAGCUCAGCCCCAGAGAGUGGGCUGGGGAAAGUUUCUCCGGAAACGAGUGCAAAGAAGGCAGAAGCCUCUGAAGUGCCAGCAGUGGAGGAGAGCGCACCAGGGAGUGGUAAGGAAAGUAAUGCCACUGCGGAGACAUCCAAGACUGCUUCUGAGCCAUCCCCUGCGGGGCGAGCGGAAGCCGCUGUCGGGAGCAGUGAGCAGAGCACCGAGCCAACCCGACACAUCUUCUCCUUCUCCUGGCUGAAUUCCCUGACCGAAUGAGGAUCUGGAGGGGCCACCCGGGGUCAGCGCAGGAGCAGGCCCAGGAGGGGACACCUGAGCAGUGCAUGCUCCCAGGAGCCCAAAACCUCCAUCCACAUCAUACCCAGCCAUGGAGACAGCAGUGUCCUGGAAGGGACGGGAGCGUGGGGACAAAUGGCUGUACUUCUCUAUGUAGUCAGAGUGUUUUCCAAUAAUUUCUUGUUUCUGAGGGAAAAACGGCAUCGCUACAGAUGCAGGACAAAUACUCUUCA